AUGCAGUUACAUACUCUUUGCCUUUUCUCCCUGGCUUCUUCGCCCGUCAUCGCACAAGCAACUUCUAGCGACAACUCCACAUGGCCUAAUAGCUUUCCCAAGCAGAUUGUCGCAAACCGUCGUCGUACAGGGCUCACCACUGCAGAGUACCUCUAUCACCAUACAAUAGUGCAUGGCCGUAAAGCUUGGAACGCCCCAGACAGCAUUGACCAGCCCAUUGCCUACGUCCAAGACCAUGCUUUUGACUCGGCCUAUGGCAUCAACACCACUGCACAAGGCAUUAACACCCCUCAAGUCAGUUACUUUGGUCACAGCGACGUGACGGAACUGUACAGCCGCUCGCAAGAAGCAUUCUUCACGCCCCCACCGAACAACUACACCCAAGAUGUCAUUGGACCGGACGGAAAUGCAUUUAGCGAUUUCUCAGCUUCCAUCAGCAUGUAUGCCUAUGAAGAUUUCCAGGCCGUCAAUAGUUCUUGUGUGAUCACGGAAUCGUCGGAGCUCUUCAAUGCCUUUUAUUUCGUUUUUGCCAAUGCAGAAAAUGCAAAUCAAUUCUCAUUCGACAAUGCCACAUUCGCUGCCGCUAUCAUGCAGACUUUGCUCGCCAGCCUCCCGUAUGGAUCCAUAUACAACGCCAGCAUUCAUACUUCAGUGCCUGGCCUCGAUGCGCGCCUCUAUUAUGGGGGCAUGGACAACCCCACUCUGAGUGCAGUUCUCAAGUUUUGGCUCUGCGACGAUAAUCUGGCUGUCAGCUCGUUUAGAAUAGCGCAAUUGGGCCUAAUUUCGCAAAAUGACGAGUUGGGAAUCAACCUGGAUGAAAGCUUUGUAAUGUUUACUCGGGCAACGUUGAUCUAUGACCGAGCCAGUGCGAUCCCAUUCGACGAUGAGAGGGCUAAACAAGCACUGCUGAACGAUAGGUUCCGUGGAGAUCUCGCCGGCCCACCCGUGCUGGCUUAA